CUGCUCCAACCACAACCAAAGCUGCUCCAACCACAACAACGGUGGCACCAACAAUCACAACUUCUGCUCCAACCACGACAACAGCUUCACCAACCACCACCACAGCUGCACCAACCACAUCAACUGCUACUCCAACAACCACAACUGCUGCUCCAACCACGACAACAGCUGCUCCAACCACGACAACGGUGGCACCACCAACAACAACUGCUGCUCCAACAACGACAACAGCUUCUCCAACCACAACCACAGCUGCUCCAACCACAACCACUGCAGCAACAACCACAACAACAGUAGCAGCAACAAAAACAACUUCUGCUCCAACCACGACAACAGCUGCCCCGACCACAACCACAGCUGCUCCAACCACAACCACAGCUGCUCCAACCUCAACCACUGCAGCACCAACCACAACAUCAUUCGCACCUGAGACUCAGAAGUUCAUCUUGGUGCAUCACAAUGAAGGCCAUCUCAAGUCUUAUAAUGCAUUUAGAGGACAAAGGAGAGGAGCUGUGGUUGAAGAUGCACAGGUGUACCCUUUACAGAACAUUUUUACCUUCAAGUAUAACGUAGACAUGGCUCACAACCAAGAGUGGAGCAGGACUCUUCAAAACACUCAUUGA